AUGGUGGGGAAAGCGAAGCGUCCGCGGCUGCACCAGGCGGCCCCGAGGCUGAGGGGCCCGCGGAACCCGGAGCCGGGGAGCCAGGAUGGGGCGGGAGGGACCAGCGGUUGGAGGGCGGAGCCCGGAAAGGACUGGGCUUUUUUGUCCUCUGACGUCUUUGCUGGGAUGAAGAUUGAUCCCAAAACUCUGGUGAAGAAGUUGGAUUUGGACUCCCGAAGCGUUGUCUCAGCCCAGACAGGUGUAGAAGAAAAAACACUCCUGUCGAAAAGAGAAAAAAUGAAGCUGCGAAAGGACAGGUGGCUGCAGAAAAUAGAAGGUGUGAAGCUGGCCAGACAGAAGCAAAAAGCCGAGGCAAAGCGGAAAGCGACGCCGGUGGUGGGAGACAUGCAGCCUUUGAUGGAAGCCCUGCCUGAACUCUCCGAACUGACCACGACCAGCAAGGCCAGGAAGCAGCCCAAGACCCACGUGAGAGCGAAGGCAGAACCCACCGACUUCAACCAAAUGAAGCCGGCCCAGAAGCGCAGGCUCCUACAGGAGGAAGUGGCCAGGUUUCACGAGGUCAUCGCAAACCCCGUGUACAAAGCCAAUCCCCUGGCCGCCAUCAGUGAGCAUCUCUGCAAGCGACUGAAACAGGAGGCGGGAAACGCUAUCUAACAAGUCAGCGAGGACUGAAUGAGCCUAGUGCAGACGAAUCCAGCUAGUCACCGCCAGGGGCUCCUUGAAAACAGUCCAGCAGGUGAUGAAAUCCAGCGGUCCUGUUCUCUGUCAGCAGGACUAAUGUAAUGCGCUCUGGACAGUGGCAGCUGUUUCUUGGCCAGGAGCCCACAGAAGGCAGCAUGUGCUGUGAGUAUCUGUGUGCCCACGUCACACGCGGUGAAAUCUGGACAGCUUCUCCCUCCCUGUUAAAAGGCACCUUUACGUUUUAUGUUGCUUCUACUCUCAGGGGGUGUUGAACCUGCUUUUUGCUGCUUCCCAUUGGGAUCACCCUUAAUAAAGAAAUCCUCCAGUAACCUGCAGUGAUGAUCCAAACGGCACGUCACGGGAUACUGGGACUGCAGCGUGCAGACCAUUUGUGUAGAGAUUUAUAUAAAGGUCAGCGCUGCUGUUUAAAGAGACACUUAAUAUGUUAUUAACUUGGAAAUAAACCCACUUUGACA